AGUGACAUGGCCCCAUCUAUAUAUAUUGGGUGUGUUUGAUGAGAAAAGGAUCAUCAAAGAGAGAAAAAGCAGAGUGAUGGGAAACAUUGAUCUUGAUCCCGCUUUCAUACAAUCCACAGAACACCGUCCCACACCAAAGGUGGUGGAAGUGAAUGAGAUUCCGGUGAUUGAUCUCUCAGAAAGCAGAGAUGAAUCAUCGAUAAUAUCAGAUAUUGGGAAGGCCUGUGAGGAGUGGGGGUUCUUUCAAAUAGUUAAUCAUGGGGUUUCCUCUGAGUUAUGCAGAGAGGUUGAGAUUGAGGCCAAAAAGUUCUUUGGGUUGGAGUUGGAGGAGAAAAGAAAAGUGAAGAGAGAUGAGGUUAAUUCAAUGGGGUACCAUGAUGGAGAACACACCAAGAAUGUCAGAGACUGGAAAGAGGUCUUUGAUUACCUUGUGGAAGACAAUGCACAGGUUCCAUCCUCUUAUGAACCAGAUGACAAGGAUCUCAGAACACUCACCAACCAGUGGCCCCAGCACUCUCCCCAUUUCAGGAAAAUAAUGGAGGAGUAUGCUAGAGAAGUGGAAAAGCUAUCAUACAAGUUGUUGGGGUGGAUCUUAUCAAGCUUAGGUUUGGCUGGUGACAAAUUCCAUGGCUGCUUCAAGAACCAACUCAGCAUGGUGAGACUCAAUUACUAUCCUCCAUGCCCUUUUCCUCAUCUGGCACUUGGUGUUGGUCGCCACAAGGAUUCCAGUGCUUUCACUGUUCUUGCACAAGAUGAGGUUGGAGGCUUGCAGGUGAAGAGAAAAUCAGAUGGAGAAUGGAUUCCUGUUAGGCCCUUCCCAAAUGCAUACAUCAUCAAUGUUGGAGACAUAGUUCAGGUUUGGAGCAAUGACAAGUAUGAGAGUGUGGAACACAGGGUGGUGGUGAACACAACCAAGGAAAGGUUCUCAGUUCCGUUCUUCUUUUUCCCAUCUCACCAUGUGAAUGUGAAACCUGUUGAAGAGCUUGUUAGUGAGGAAACUCCAGCAAAGUUCAGAGAAUACAACUAUGGCAAGUUCUUUGCUAACAGGAACCGAAGUGAUUUCAAGAAGCGUGAUGUGGAGAACAUCCAAAUUGAUCACUUCAGGAUCUGAAUUAGCCUUCUGGAAUGGCUUCUCAACAUGUCUUUGUGUUCUUGUAUUUUCAUCUUUCCAAAUAAAACGAUGUGCAUGCAAGAAGUGGAUAUGUUAAUUAUGUCACUCCUAAACUGUAAUGAAACAAUGCAAUUUGCAUGCUCAUGAAUUUCAUGGAAAUAUUACAAUUUCCAA